UUUCAAUAACAUAGAAACGUGUAAACAUUAUGAGUUUAAGUCUUAAAGGUUCCCAAAUAAGUCCAUGCAAGUCAGCAGUUAGCAGUAGUCGUUCGACCACAAGAAUAUAUAAUGACAACUCUCGAACAAGAAAUGUGAGAGAGAUUAUUAGAAGCAAUAAAAAUCCUUUUCGAGGCCCAGAAGUUUCUUCUAGUACUUCAGAACCAUUGGUUGAACAGAAGUUGGAAUCCCCUGACAAUUUAAUUACUAACGACGAUGAAAACCCGCUCAUCGAUCUCAAUAACACAAUUCACACCGAUUCAUUAACAUUUAGGAGAGACAAAUGUAGUUCGUGGUCGAGUAACUCAAAUGAUAAAAGUGUUUCAAGAUGGCUUGAAACACAUUUUCAUGACCAAAACGAUAGUGAUUUUAUAUGGGACGGUCAACAUGACAAUGACAUAUUGACACCAUGCUCAGACAAAAAAGGUGAGGAUUUCAAAUGUGGACAAAAUUUGGACACGAUAGGGGAUAGUUUAGAAUUGAAUAUAAAUCCAAGAUUAGGAAAUAUCUGUAUGGAUUUGAACGAAGUUUCAGGUGAUGACGGUGAUUUACAGUACACAGAUAUCAAUGAGAAAACAGAUACUCCACCUCCAUGUUUAGUCAGACCUUCAUCUAAUUCAAUCAACACUGCACGCCAGAUAAGUGGUUUCAAUGAUGAAUUAAAACUGAUAACCUCAACUUCGUAUGAUGACAAUCGACGUAAUUCCGCAGCGACUGUUAUACAAAAGUUUUGGAGACUUCAUAGGAGAAGAUAUUUAGCAGCGGAAGCCGUAAUGUAUCGUCUGCUUGACAAUCAAAAACGCAGAUUAAGUAAACAGAACAUGAAUAAUGGACGACCCAUUCAUUCAGUUCUACAAAGUCGUCAAAAUGAGUUAAAACAGAAAAGGAAACAACAACACCAAAAUGCUAUUAAAAUUUUGCAGGAGAAUCGAUCCUCUAAACGUUCGCAAAGUCAAGAAACUUUAGAGGAUAAGGCAGAAGUAAAUGAUGUGUCUGAAUCAAUUCUUGUAUCUGGUAACCGAAAGGACCGUACAAAUGAAGACAAAUCAAACAUUUUGAAUAAGCCUAUAUUUACUAGCAAUGCUAAUCAAUGUAAAAAUUACAGUUCUGAUAUUCAUAUUACCACAACUACAGAACAAAAUGUACACAAUGAAAUUGAACAAGUCUGUAGGGAGAACAGCAGUCUCUGUCAGACUGAGUUUUGCGAUCUACGGAAAGAUGGAAAUAACAGGGCACUUGGUCAACAAAAAAAUGUAUCUGGGGAAAAGAAUAUGUCAGCUGUAGAUAACAUACUUCAGGAAUUAAAACAGCUAGAAAGUGUGGAAUUCUUAAAUUAUUGCCCAACGAAUGAUCAAUGUAUUGAUUUCUCAAAACAGGUUUCCUUGCAGAAGUGUUCCAUUCCAACUACAUGGUCUGAAAUGGUCAAGGAUAUUAGUCGUGUCCUAUCUGAGGCUGAACAAGAUGAAGUGCAUUCAGUCAACUUCAGGAAAUAUUGUACUGUUCAACGAUCUACAGGCUUAAAAGGUGUUCGAAAUCGAUCUGAUUCUACAUUAUCCAAUUAUUCUUCACUUGGUCAGUCAAAUUGGUCUGGUUCAUCUACAAUAACUACAAACAGACAUACGUUCCUGAGUGAAGAGAAUUUGCAUUCGCAUACCAAACAUAUGGAACGGGUUUGUUCACGGCAAAAGGCCCAAAAAGAACUGGAUCAAUCUAUAUCUCAAUGUCGAGAAAAAUUGACUACUUUCAUCCAGUCAAAUCAUAAUAAUGUAUGUCAUAAUCAUCCAGAACCAAAAGGCGGUGAUACUGGUACUAAUCAACACACAAAGUAUUCUAAGAGUCGAAACUCUGCUACAUCACAAAGACCAUCUUCUGUAAAAAACCAAACAACCUCUAGAUCUUUACAAUGUAACUGCUUUAAGAGCCCUAUGAAUCUAUCAAAUGCUCAUUUGCUGCAUACAAAUUCUGUUGGAACAAAAGCUGAAAAUAAAUUGUCUUACAAAAGUCAUAUGGGGCGUAGUACACAAAAUCUUUAUGAUAGUGUAUCACUGAAGGACGGAAUGAAGCAGAUAAUUCAAAGCGACGAUGGACGUAUUACUACUGACAAUGAAUGUUUGAUGUUGGAACUUGAAGAGAAAAAAGGUCAAAUAAAACGCUUACAGAGAAUUAUAGAGCAUCAAAGAGAACUGUUUUUAAGGCAGUCGGAAGACACACAGCGAGAUGGUGAUCGAAGAAUAGAAUCAAUUAAAGCUGAUUAUGAAUGUACAAUUAACCGAAAUUAUAAACUAAUUGAUGAACUAAUUGAAGAGAAAAAAGUACUUCAUACAAAAUGUGAAGAAUUUUUAGAAGAACUAAAGACAGUGACAAAGAAAACGAACGAAAAAAUCAAAGCACUUGAAGAAAGACACAAAGUCGAGAUGCGAAAAGUAGAGGCCAAACAUUUAGCUGCGGAAAAGCUGCGCCGGGAAAAGUGGGAGACAGAAAAAGCAAAACAUCUUAAAGACGUUACUAUUCGUGGGAUGGAAAAUGAAGUAGCCCAAAUGAUCGCAAAUCACAAGGCUGAAAUGGCAAGUUUGCGUCAGUCAUGCGCUCAACAAAUUCAAGCAGCUGAUGUACGCGCCUAUCAAGCUUAUAUUAGUCACAUUGAAGAACUAAAACAGACGUUGAUAAAAGAAAAAGAUGAAGCCUGCUGUAGAGAAAGAGAACUUGUUGAACAACGAUUAAAUCAAACUUUAGCAGAAGAACGUAAUUCUUUGGAAGCCCAUAGACGUAGAUUGUUAGAUGAGAUUUCUGAUGAACGUGAAAGAUUGACAUUGACUGCAUCUAAACAAAGGGCUGAAAUGGAUACUCUUAGGAACAAUUUAGAAGUUGCCUUGACACAAGCUAACGAACAACAUAAAAUGGAAAUUGAACAAUUAAGGGCGGAUUUGAUUCAAAGACAUAAGGAUGAAAUAGCUGAGUUGAAUCAACGUAAUUUGGCUGAACGUACAGCAUGGGAAGAACAUACUAAGUCAUUGUUGGAAUCCCAAUAUACUUCUAGAGAGACUAUACUGAAGGAACAGCUCAAGAAAGAACGAGAUCGCUUGUUAGAAUCUGCAGUUCAACGUCUUGAAGCUGAAGCAAAUGAAGCAAGGUUAGAAACUGAUCGUCAAGCAGAACUGAAGGUGAAACGUGUACGUGAAAAAUUCCAAGCUGAAAUAGAGGAACUUGAAAGAUCAGAGAGACAAGCAAUGGAGAAAUAUUGUCUGAUGAAGACUCAAUUUUUAGAUAAAGAGCAUGAAGCAGAUAGACUUCGGUCACAGUUGACGCAGAAAGAUCAGGAGUUAGCUGAAGUUCGCUUAUUAUACGAAAAACUUAAUCAAGAACGCCAAAACAUUUCAGAUGUAAUACGUCAGGAAUUUGCUGAUCGCCUUGUUUAUGUGGAAGAAGAAAAUAGGUCGAUGAAACGUGAGUUAGCCGAACUGAAGGCCCGUUUAAAGGCUGAACAAGAAAGACAUGAAAAAGAAAUUGAUGCUAUUAAGAAAUUGAACAACUCAGAAAUAGAAACAGUUCACCUAAAGUAAUGACAAACUUUGAUUUUGAGUUUCCUUGUUUGUUUUUUCCAUUUUUUUAUAGCCCAAUUAUUUCAUGUCAUUCAUGAGACCUGAUAUUAGAUGCUUGGAAAAGUCCUAACAAGGUGCUGUACCAUAAACUUUGUUGAUGAGUUAGUAGUAGCUUUUAAUCUGCAGCACUUAUAACUGAGGAACAUUGGAUUUUAAAUUUUAUAUUUUUGUUAGGUUCCAACUUUGCAUGAAGUGAAAAUAUUUGUAUUUUCAUUUUCUCGUUGUUGGUAUAAAGGACACCUACUGGUCAAAUUCUCUUAAGAUGUGUGCACCUUGAGGGGGCUGCCUCAAUAUUACCUUUGUCUCAGAAUUUAGUAUGUUUGGCUGCAUAUUUGACCUAUUACUUGGAUUUAUUUACAUUAAUAAUGGGAUAAUACAAACUCCUAAAAAUGAAUUCAUAUAUGUUGAACUGGGUUAAUUGAAUUCAGUAGCUUAUUUGACAAGCCUUUGAAAUUUAAAGCAAUACAUACUGGGUUCGAGUCCUAGUCUGAACAUCCAGGCUGGGAUGCAAGUAAAUCCUAAUGGCGAACCCCAAAUAGAACGAAACGCGCAGCUUGGAUUUCACUGCAGCCUACAACUCAAAAAGUGAAAAUAGUUUACUCAAUGAGAUUAAACUGUUAGAAGUAAAACGUUCUUGUUUUUUAACUAAAAUAAUACAACCAAUUGUUUUACAAACUGUGCACCGCCAAUUGUUUUGAGUAUACCUUGCAUUUAUAACUAUGUGUUUGUAAAGCGGUUGGAACUCAAUGUUCCACAUAGAAUGUAGUUUUAAAAGUGAACAACAAAAACUGUAUCCGUAAAACAGACAAAAUUUUCCUUCUUACCCUUUAUAGAAUUAAAGAGAUCAUUAAAAAGAAAGAGGAAAAAUUCGCCAUAUUGCGAGAAAGCUUUCAAAAUGAACUUGAGAAGAAGGAUCGUGAAUUGGACGCAGCCAAUCAGAGAGCUCAACAUUUGGAAGAGUUGAUAGACCAUCAAAGCAAACAGUUUCUACAAGCCAAUCACUAAUACUUUUUAAUAAAAAGUAUUUUGAAGAUUUUUCAUUUGAAAAUACCCAAUCGUUGCUUAAUUAUCUCUACCAUGGCAACCUUGCCUACCAAGUUUUUAAAUUAAAAACUGAUGCAUGCCAUAGGUUUUUGAUUAUAGCAUUCUACGUUAUUUCUAGAACAAAAAAUCAUUCUAAUAAGCCUACCGACCAAAAUAUUUUAACUCGAAAAUUGAUCCAUUCCUUUUACGUGAUUACUGGCCUGUAUAGCUUUCCAUAAAAAGCACCACAACAGUGAAAUAUGAACAUUUAGUUAUUUA